AUAAUUACAUAUGCAAUGCACCUGCAGCAGUAUAAAAUUUAAUGUAGGAAGUAGAAGAAAAGCUGUACACGGCUUGGGAGGGGCGCAGGCCCACCGCGGCACCUCCGCCCAUAUAAAAUCAGACGCACGCACAUGCCAUUUUUCAAAAACCCUCCCAAUUAGAAGAAAACUGCAGGCAGCCACACAUUCCUUGAUGCGGAAAGUAAUCAUCAAUCAGCGAUGAAGAAGAUGAGCCGGAGCGACAAGCGCCGAUUCAGCGACGAGCAAAUCCGGCGGCUGGAGGUGAUCUUCGAGGCGGAGAGCAAGCUGGAGGCGAGGAAGAAGGCGGAGGUGGCGCGGGAGCUGGGGCUGCAGCCGCGCCAGGUCGCGAUUUGGUUCCAGAAUCGGCGAGCUCGGUGGAAAUCGAAGCACAUUGAGAAGGAAUACGCCGCCUUGCUCGCUAAUUACAACGCCCUCGCCGCCGAGUUCGACUCGUUGAAGAAGGAGAAGCACUCCUUGCUUAAUCAGUUGGAGAAGCUGAAGGGAAAGGGCGACGACGAUGAAGAAGGAGGAAGUGGCGCGAGGUGCGGCGGCGAGUCGGAGAGUGUUAAGACGAAUGAUUUUGAAGUGAAAAACGAAGGGAUGGUUUCGGUUUCCGACGAGGAGGAGAUGCUGAGAAUGGUGGAAACGACGUCGGAUUGGGGAGGUCUGGAUUGCGAUGAUAUUAUUAUAGACCAGAGUAGUAGUUAUCAAUGGUGGGGUUUCUGGUCUUGAUUCAUUCAUCGAUCAUAUGUGUGUGUGUGUGUGUUUGUGCAGCCAUUUCCAAUUUGAUAUUUCUUCCACUAUUAGGUAGGUUUUGGGUGGUUUUCAUAUAGGUAGAGAGGGAAUGAAAUAAGAGCACAUACAUAUAGCAUACGAUGAAUCUAUCACUUUGCUUCCAACGUUAUUCCACGUGUAAUAUAAUUAGGAGGCGUCUGGUUUGGUGGAUGAGAAAGAUAAGAUUGAUAGAACUGAAGAAUGAUUAUAUGACUAAA